AUGAACUUUCUGCACUUACCAUCUUCCGACCUCCCUCCCGACCACUUCCUCGCCCUUCCGCGUCCGGAUCAUGGACUGGCCGCGGCGGGUACGCCAGACACCUCUACGCUCGCCGCGCACGACUUCGAUGUCGACACGCGCACGGGUUUCAUGCCCCCGCAACCGCCGCUUGCGCGCCUCCCGCAGGAAUGGGAGCCAUGGGAGGCCGCGCUGGACGAAGCGCUCAAUAACAGGCUGCAGCUCGCGGAGAAAAGGGGGUUGACAGAAGUCGAAGAGGCUCAGUCGGAUCGGUGGCGAAAGCGGGUCAAAGAGCUUCCAAUCCUGGAGACAGAUGGCCUGAAAAGGUCGGAACUGCUCCUUCGGCGAGCGCAUCAUGUCCUCGCGUGGAUCAUGCACUUCUACGUGCACACUAUCCCCGUCACCUUUCCCGAAAUACGCAUCCCUCCGCCCAUCGCUGUCCCUUUCCUCCAGGUCUCCUCCCAGCUGCAGCUCCCACCAAUACUAACUUAUUCUGACGACGUGCUCUAUAACUGGGCAUACAAGAAGCCCACAUCACCUGCGUUUCCCAUACGUCCACCGGCCCUCGAUAACCUCCGGUGCCUGACACUAUUCAGCGGCACUCGGGAUGAAGAGGAAUUCUACCUAGCCUCUGCACGCAUCGAGCUGCGCGGCGUCGAGGCCCUCAGCCUCAUGAGUGCGAUGAUGGACGAAGCCUUCCUCGGCGAUGCGACAGCCAUCCGGCGCAUCACUUCGUACCUCCACACGCUCGCGAAGGUCAUCAACGAGCUCACAACCAUUCUGGCUGCAGUGCGCGAGGGCUGCGACCCGGAUGUCUUCUACAACGACAUCCGCCCAUGGUUCCGAGGCGCGGAUUCAGACUCGACGCGUAAAUGGAUCUUCGAAGGACUCGAGCUCGACCCGACACUGCAGCGGCCCUCGGAGCUUUCAGGUCCGAGUGCAGGGCAGAGUUCGCUCAUCCACGCACUGGACAUUUUCCUCGGGGUGGACAGGUACUCUCACUCGAAUUUCCCCAUCGGAAAGUCUGCCAAGACGUCUCAGCCCGCAUCCGAAUCUUCAUCGGGCUCGUCUUCUGCAGCGCCGACUGCGUCGUUCAGCUCCGCGCCUGGGACGACGUCGGUGCCCUUCCUAAUACGCAUGCAGUCUUACAUGCCACGGCACCAUCGCGCAUUCCUACGGCACCUCUCGGCCAAUCCGCGCCCGAUCCGCGCGCUGGUUGAGUCAUCGAAUGACCCGAAGCUGCUUGAAGCGUACAACGAGGCGGUCAACGCGCUCAAAAUGUUUCGGGAUGCACACGUCCGGGUCGUCGCUGCAUACAUAUUGGGUCCGUCCAGGCGUGCAGGCGGCUCAAAGGCUAAGCAGGCGAAGGGCACGGGUGGAACGGAUGCGUUCAUGUUUGUGAAAGGCGUUCGGGACCAGACGACGGGCGCUAUGCUGAAGCCUGAAACUUGA